AUGUUAGCAACAACUUCACCAAACUCGUUAGUCAUGAACCCAACUUCAAUGUUAGUAGAAAUGAAAAGCUUCAUUCCUUCUUCAUAUACUUUCGAAACAGAAAUCCAGAAGAUAAAGCAAGAACUUCUCCAAGGAGAUUUAGACUGUAGUGCAAAAGAUGAAACAAAUGAAGAAUAUCUUUAUGAAAUGCAGGAUAUUAUUGACCAUCUACCUAAACUUCCUGAAAUACAGCAACAAAAGCUCACUAUUCCAGAAUUCGAUGAAAUAGAAGUGAAACCAACUGACUCAGUAGAAAUAAAGAAGUUCAUACGUAAGGUAAACUAUGAGUUUCUUGGAUUUCAUUGCAACCACAAAGUCAUGGACAAAGAUUGCGAUAUGGUAUAUAAGAACAUCUCUGACAUAUAUAAAUCUGAAGAAUUUAAGACCUACGACAACUUUGUUUCGUUAGUUGCAAAAUGUGUAUGGCAGAUAAGAGAUAAAGAUAGAAGAGGUAAGAUAUGGAACGAACAGAUAAAACCAGCAACUUUUGAGUUAAAGAAAACCAUUGACGCCUUAGUCAUACUAGCAGGUAAGGUUUCAGAAUAUAACGCAAAAAUGAACCCACAAUGUUCUAAAUGUAAAGCAGCAAUGAGGAAAUAUAACUACUCCGUCAAAGAGAUAGAACGUAUGCGAAACGACUAUGCUGACUUAAAGAAAGAAGUAGAGAAACCAGCAGAAGAUAAAAUGGACAU